UGGAAAGCGUGAAUAACAAGUAACUGACAAUAUUCAUUAUAUCAGAGGAGCCGGCACACCCUGUUUAGUUACAAGAAAAGACAAGACAAGCGAAUAAGAAAUGGCACUGAACCCAAACAACCAGCAACAAGCUGACAAGAGAAUAAUAGGAUUCGAUUGUGAGUUUGUGGAACCUCCACCAGAACGAUACGUCCAGUCAGAGUGUCCAGUUUGUCUCCAGAUCAUUCGAGAGCCCCACCAGGUCACAUGCUGUGGAAAGAAGUUUUGCAAAACUUGUAUUGAACACAUCAAAUCUACUAAAAAAACGUGCCCAACUUGCAAUGAAGAGGAAUUUUCAAGUUUUGCCGACAAAAGUUCGAAACAAUUGCUCUACAGUUUGAAAGUUCGCUGUAGCCACCAGAAAGACGGGUGUGAGUGGACGGGGGAACUGAGACAGCUUGAUGGGCACCUCAACACAGAUCCACAGCCAGAGAAACAACUCGAUGGAUGCCAGUUUGUCGAAAUUGAUUGCAUCUAUAAAUGCGGGAACCAACAACAGCGAAGGUACAUUCAAAACCACCAAAUUAAGGAUUGCCCCAAACGUCCAUUCGGUUGUGAGCACUGCCAUGAUUACAAGUCUACCUAUGAUGAUGUCACCAACAACCAUUGGCCUGUGUGUGGGUCCUUCCCUGUCCCCUGCCCUAACCAGUGUGGUUCAACUAUCCAACGUCAGAAUAUAGACAGCCAUGUUGCUGAUGAGUGCCCCCUGACCACCAUCAACUGUGACUUCCACCACAUAGGCUGUGCUGUGAAACUCCCUCGACAAGACAUGCCAGAACACCUGAGAGAGAACCUACUCACACACAUCUCUCUAUUAGCCUCCAGUCAUGCCAAGCAACAAGCUGAGACUACACAACAAAGAGAAGAAAUCACCAAGCAACAAGACAAAAUAACAAGUCUAGAAGCUGAAAAUAGAAUACUUAAAACAAAAAUUAACGAAUUGGAGCCAAUGCAACAGCUGCUCAAGACUGCACCUCUCAUCGUGAACUCUAGACCUCUUGGUCCACUGGAGCCCCCUGUCCUUACAAUGACCAACUUCCAACAGCACAAGAGAGAUGACGAUCAGUGGUACUCCCCUCCAGUCUACACCCACUAUCAGGGCUACAAGAUCUGUCUCAGAGUGGACGCUAACGGCUGCAACACUGGUAAAGGAACACACGUCUCUGUGUAUGUGUGCUUCAUGAGAGGAGAGUUCGACGAUUCUUUGAAAUGGCUGUUUCGUGGUGCGAUUUCAUAUCAAAUACUGGACCAAGUCGAUGGCAAGGGUCAUAAAACAGGCACAGACACCUACGAUGACAAAAUACCUGACAAGUACUGCACCAGAGUGACAGAGGGAGAGAGAUCAAAGAAUGGAUGGGGAAAUUCAAAGUUCAUCGCUCACACUGAACUGGAGCCCAAGUAUUUACAAAACGACACCCUUCUCUUCCAAAUAAACAAAGUAGUACUGAAGUAGUUGCUUAAUUAGAAGAGUGAUAAUUACGUACAGUAUACACACAAACAAACCGUAGACAUAAGUAUUAUCUGUGUACUGAUUGCAAUUGUAUUUGUUUGGACUA